AUGGUGUUGGAAUACAUAUCUACGUAUCGGCUCGGCCAGGAAACGCUGAAGAACUAUCUGGAGACCGUCUUCGAAUGCCCCAUCCCAAUCUACGUGAGAGACGAUCUUUACGUUGCAGAUGUCCCACACAGCCUGUCUGCUGUAAGUACCUUUAGCAGAAAAGGGAAGGAAAGGAGAGUUGAUGAAGACUUCUCCCACCGUGACAUCACUGACGCGAUGAGCAAAGCGUUUAACUCUACGAGCUGUAACUCUGUCGAGAAUAUCAAGAACCAUUUUCAGCGAAAUCGAAAAGAUCCUAAUUGUCGAUACGUGUUCAUCCAUGCAGAGAGUUCACGAAGUCCAUUGGACUGCUCGAGUGAUAUGCUCGACUAUCUAUUAGCUUUCCAUCAAGUAUCUCCUUCAUUUCUGGAGCUUGUGUUUUCAUUUGGAAAAGAAACGCAACCGGAUGAUUUCCAUUAUACGAGCUUUCGACAAGAAAAUUUCCUUGAUGUAACGGAUGCCGGUGCUUUCGCGAUACACCAACUUGGUCGGUCUGGGCGAGAAGUCAGACAUUGCUACAACCUGUGGUCAGCUGAAAGAUCCUCUUUUGGCGGAAAACAGUGGUCCAUGAGAAAUACUGCAGUGUAUCACUCGUUUGAUGUUGAAAGCGGGAAAGCUCUCUGGAUCAAUAUCAAGGCCAAUGACCUUAUCAAAUCAAGGGUUACGGAUGCAACAGCAACCUGCAGUGAGCUAAGUGCUGAUGGAAUGACGAAUAUAAACACUUGUUUUAUUGCAACUUUGAAAACUCAUAUGAUUCAUUUCGAGUGGUGUAGGGAGAACUGGCGACCCUAUCUGAGUACACUCGAACAAAGGCUGGAAAAAAUCCUAACCAGGGUUUUCAACGCUCCUGUCGGACUUUUAGAGGCCGCACCCCCAGAGUUCAUUGAACCGGCAAAUGCUUUUCCCCCAAAAGGGCCUUCUAGAAAUAGCACAUUUGAGCAAGGUCGCGUUCUUUCGAGACAUACGACGGGCACAUGGAGGAUCCCAGAGUCUAUUCUCCCGGUUGUUUCCGAAAAUGUGGACUUCAAUUCACAGCAAACGAGGGCAGAGGGAUCCCAUAACGUGAUACAGAAGUCUCCAAUAUCAGCUAGGAUUACUGACGGAGAUGGCCAAUUUACAUUCCUUGAGCAAUUCCCGAUUGAACAACUCCAAGAACUUUCCCGCAUUGACUGUACUCUUCAAGAGGUCGGUCUAGUGAUAAAGCUCAACGCUCAUGUCCUAGCCGAGAUAGUGGAAUAUUACCAAGGUCUGCUAACGGACACUCGUUUUCCGGCUUCCAUCAAGAGUACAUAUCCAACUGCCAUAUCGGACUUUGUUCAGCAAUCAAAAAACAUUAUCCAAGACCUUGAAAGAGAGCAGUCUCGAGUCAAUACGCUUAUAUACAGGCUAAAUAACGGCAAAGUUAUGUUCGAAGCAAUUCUACAGUUUAGAAGUAUCGAGACAAAUAAGCUGUUUGCGUUGAAUUCACAUACUGGCUCUCAGCGAAUGGAGCGCAUGACACUAGAUAUGCAUCAGUCAACAAUCGAAAUGGAGCGAAUGACUAAAAGUAUGCACAAAGUGGCAGAAAAGACCGAGCGGGAAACCGCAUCGAUGCAUAUUAUCACUUUUGCUACCCUCAUAUUCCUUCCGGGUACCUUUAUUGCCACCUUCUUUGGCAGUGGACUGUUUCAAUGGGACCAGAAUAACCCGGAGGCAAUGCCGGUCUGGAAACCCGAGUUCUUCAAUCUUUUCGCGAAGAUAUGCUUCCCUUUUAUGGGGGGGAUCCUGCUGAUAUGGGGAGGAGCGUACUGCUCGGCAAUUAGGAGUCGAGACCCCCGUGGCGAUUGUAGUGGUGAAGGGUGGGCACAGGGAUCUGGAAAGGUUUCUAUUAUUAUGAAUUAA